ACUGUCAGUGUCAGAAAAUAUUGUCAAAUAUGCCGAAGAAAAAAACAGGACAGCGAAAGAAGGCAGAGAAACAAAGAGAAAGACAAAAAGAGAUGAGAAACGCGGAAAAAUCUUUAGCACAGAUGCCCUGCAAUUUCCUCAUGGAGUGCGAUCAAUGUAAACGAAGCCAGAAGAAUCGGGCUUUCUGUUAUUUCUGUUCAGCAUUACAAAGACUUCCCGUAUGUGGUCACUGUGGUAAACAAAAGUGUAUGGCAAAAUUUGGUGAUUGUUGCAUAAAACAUUCCGGAACUAACACAACUGGGCUGGCUAUGGUGGGUGCAAUCUGUGAUUUCUGUGAGGCAUGGGUGUGUCACGGUACAAGGUGCCUCUCUGUCCACGCUUGUACCUGUCCUCUAACGGACGCUCAGUGCUGCGAGUGUAAAAGAGGGGUGUGGGAGCAAGGUGGUAGAAUUUUCAAGUGUUCCUAUUGUAAAAAGUUUCUUUGUGAAGAUGAUCAGUUUGAGCAUCAAGCUAGCUGCCAACAACUGGACUCUGAAAACUUCAAAUGUUUGUCCUGCAAUAAGCUUGGGCAGUACUCGUGCCUUAGGUGCAAGACAUGUUUUUGUGAUGACCAUGUCCGGAGGAAAGGUGUCAAAUACUCUAAAGGACAGGCAAUCCCAUGCCCCAAGUGUGGCCUGGAAACCAAGGAGACAAAGGACAUGAGUAUCAAUACUCGUGCGUAUGACUAUGGAAGACAGAGAGGGAAUUAUGAGGAUGAUGUGGAUGAUGAAUAUAGCUACCAGAAUUACGACUUCCAGGGAGCGUCUGGCUUCUCAUUCGGAGGAGUGAAAGCUGAUGAGGAUGAUGAUUAUGAGGACAGUGAUGAUGAUUAUGAUGAAGAUGAUGACUUUGAUGAUGAAGAUAUAGAUGAAGAUGAAUUAUUAGAGGAAGUUCGUCAACUAAAACUUGACAACGAAAAAGCUGGAUCUUGAUGAUGCUUCCAAUAAAUAUUUUUACCAAAAGA